AUGGUUUGUGACUCAAAGUUUUCGACUUGGGUUCGAGACCAAGCUGCUUUUGCUGUUCUCGGUCUGGUUAAAUUCAAUAAGAAUGUUUUUGUGGGAUUGGUGUUGAUGGGUCCGAUUGUUAGAGCUUUAAUUCAAAUGGGUUCAUCUUGUUCGAUUCAAGUCCUCACUGGACUAGUCAAAAUCAUCAGAACCCCUCUGGUUGAUGACGUCAAUGGAGAAAUUGUAAGAAGGAUUACAAAGACUUAUUGUUUAUUAGGAACUCAAAACCUAUCUCGAUUAGGCAAGCCUCAAACAGUGUUCAAUAAGGAUAAUGAAGGCUUAAGGGUUCCUAGUUCUACAAGGUCAGUCAAUCAUAACUCGAUUCGAACUCUCACUGGCUCAAAUUAUAAGAAAUGGAGAGAAGAUGUGGAAAUUGCUCUUGGACUUCUGGAUUAUGAGAUGGUUCUUACUGAUGAAGCUCUAUCAGUACCUGCGAUUGAUGCAUCUGCUGAGACUAAGACUAAAUAUGCAAAGUGGAUUAAGGCCAACAAAAUGGCAAUUCUGAUCAUGAGGAGGUCUAUUUCAGAAGAGGUCAGAGGCAGUAUUAUUGAAACUGAGAGUGCUAAGCUAUUCAUGGAAGCUAUUGCAGAAAACUUCCAAGGAUCCAAGAAAGCUGAAAUUGGUUCACUCAUGAGCCAGCUGACAGAUAUGAAAUACAAUGGAGAAGGCUGCAUAAGAACUCAUAUUCUGAACAUGGUUGAGAUAGGAAACAAGCUGAAGGCUCUAAAAGUCCAUGUGGAUGAAACCAUGAUGGAAGAACAAAGUAUCAGAAAGGACAAAGGAAAAGAACAAGUGUAUUUGGUGCAGGAUACUAAGUUUAAACCAAAGGAAUGGACCAAAAAACAAGAACACAGAUAA